UAUAAAGUCGUCACACUCAGUAGCAGUGGCACCAAUAAUCGGAUAAACGUGUAAAACAAUCGAAGCAAUGAUAGGUUUUUACAUGAUGUGGAAUAUUCGAUGACUUGUUGUCUUCAUGCAGUGGUCUAAUAACACCUUAUUGAACAAUAGACGAUGGCGGACUCGGACUCCUCAGACGCCGACUCAAUAGAAUGGGACUGGCAGCCGACACUGCAGGAAAAAAUCAAGGACAUUCUGAGCCAGUAUCCGGAUGACGUGCAGAUUCUCAAGGAGAUUAUCCAGAACGCCGAAGAUGCUGAUGCGAAAUGUGUCAAGUUCCUUUACGAUAAGAACAGCUACACCACAGAGGGUCUUAUAGAUGAGACGUCAGUGGGACAUCAGGGCGAAGCCUUGUACGCAUACAAUGACGCGGUCUUCACCAAAGAAGACUUCCAUAACCUGUUGAAUGUCCGGAAGAGCGCCAAGAAGACAGACCGGUCAAAGGUCGGCAGAUUCGGCCAAGGAUUUAAGUCAGUCUUCCACAUGACAGAGUUGCCAACCCUAUUGAGUGGAAAGUACUUGGCGAAGAUCAGCCCAUACCUGCCGCGACUCCCACGGAAGAAACACUCUGAACUCAACAAACAUCAUCCGGCUGAAUUAAACAGCUUUCGUGGAGAAUUCCAAGGGUACAACAAUGACGCUGCAAGGAAACGCUUCUUCAAUGGGACCAUCUUCAGGUUCCCUCUUCGGAAACAACCGUCAGAGAUCUCGAAGACUCUCUACGGCGAAGAGAAGAUUAUGGAGCUGUUUCGGGUGUUACAAGACCGGGCAUACAUGAACCUACUGUUCUUGAAAUCACUGGAAAGAAUAGAAGUCUUUGUGCAAGAUGUGAAGCAGUCAAAGCCAAGGCUUCUAUUCAGUGUCUGCGUCACAAAUGAGAACAGCGACACAUCUGUGCUGCAAACUCGAGCAGAGUUCUUUCGAGAACUUCAAGUUGCAGGAAACGUGCCGGUAAAAAAACAGUGCCACUUCACCUACCAGAUUGAUAUCGAAACCAGUCUACCCGAAGAUGAUAGUCAUUGCCAGAGCUUUCUUGUUUGCCACUAUUAUGAUGGUUGUGAGGUUUCUUCAACUAUGAAAGAACUGAUAGAUGAUAAAGAACUAAGUUACCAACCUCUGGUUAGUGUUGCCAUGCCCCUGUGCGAAGAAAUUUGUGAGGAUUCUGAACAAAAAGGUCACAUUUUCUGCUUCUUGCCACUUCCCAUCCGUGACAACACAAGUCCUACCGGUCUCCCAGUCCACGUCAGCAGCUUCUUCGUGGUGAGCUCGAACAGGAGUGAGAUCAAGUGGCCAACGGCUGGGCAGAAUCGUGAACAGAUGUCCGACAGUAGCCUCAAGUGGAACCACUGUCUUCUGACUGAGCUCAUUCCGAAAGCGUAUGCACAACUUCUUCUGGAUGCAACUGGAGAGCCAACAGUCCAAUCUGAAGACGUGUACCACGCAUUCCCUGACAUAGACCUCGUCGAUGAGAAGUGGAGGAACACAUUCCUUGAACCAUUCCUACAGAACGUCCUCUCUUUACCUAUUCUCGCGACGGAGGGUGGGAACAAGAGUUAUGUCAGUGUGAGGGAUGCUGUUCUAUGUCCACCAAACAUUGACGAGAAGACGAGGCUCGUUCUGAUCCAGCUUUUGACGGAGAGUGGUUAUAAUGCAGUGUGCCCACCAGAACACAUCUCAAGAGUGCUAAAGAGUAGGAGGGACAUACAACUUGAGGAAGCGACUGCAUAUUAUGUAUGUCAAGUGAUGAGGCGUUCUGCUUGUUACAAGUCUUACUCCAGGGAUGAUAAGCUCCUGCUGCUGAGUUACCUCCUUGGAGAGAAUCCGGUCACGCCAGCUGCCUUACGCGGCUUAGAGCUACUCCCUCUCGCCGAUGGAACCUUUACAACCUUUGGACCUUCGACUUCGAGCAGUAUCUUUAUAGCGGAGUCCAAGCACCAACUCCUCCUGCCGACAUUAGAGCAUCGAUUCAUGAGCAACGACCUUGGGAUGAACUUGGAUACGAAACUUCGUCAAUCAAACAUGAUUUGCCAGACACAACUUGCGCUCUGUGCCGACGAAGAUAUUCUGUCUCUCUUGCCAAGCAUCUUCCCAGGAGGCUGUGAAAGUCUCCGUACCAUAGACUGCAAAGAACUCAGACACAUCACUGAAAUUUGGCUCCAGCACCUCUGGCAAUUUCUGACUUCCAUUUGCUCAAAGCUUCCAGACCACUUAGAGCGAAUCAAGAACUUGCAUAUCCUACCAGUCAAACCGCUGUCGCCAAAGGUCAUCCACCUGACCAAACUAUUUGGUGGGGCCACCUGCAUUGCCAAGGACCUGCGCGAUGAAAACCUGUCGGACCAACUGGCCAAAACGUUAGGUUACUUCAACAUCACAGUUCUAGAUGAUAUCCCAGACUAUAUCCUACGACAUCCUCUCGUUUUUCAACAACAUUGGAUCUAUAACCCCAACCCUGAGUCAGUCAUACGUGCCCUGUUGAAGGUACGCCAAACUGACCACAGCAUCGUAAGUGGAAGCUGCAAAUUCAACCAACAUGCAAACAGAGAACAACGCUUCGAGCUGGUAAAGCUAAUUCAACCCCACUUCAAAUCUAUGAGACAUGGCAGUACAUUGAAACCAUUCGUUGAACAUCUGGAACUGUUUGAAACUAUUGAUGGCAGUGGUACAAAGCGCAGGCACUUCACAAGUGUAGCAAAGUGCCCGAAGGCUGUCACAGGAUACAAUAUUCCUGUCAGUUCUCCUUGCAUGCUCCUGGACGUCGGUGCUGCAGACGUUCGUCAAAUGGCCACAUACGUUGGUGUCAACAUCAUGACCGAGACCAAGAUCAUUGAAGACUACAUCUUUGACCUGAUACGCCGUCAAAGACUUCAGCCUUUGGAGGUGGGAAAAGUGAUGGUCUACGUUCUUCAAAACCUUCAUGAUCACAUCAGGGGAAGCAAAAAAUUCCUGCAGCAUCUACAGGAGCUUGCAUUCAUGACCGAUAGCAAAGGGAUUUAUUGUCGAGUGUGUGAUUUCUUUGAUCCCAGCGACAGUGUGCUUCAAAACCUUUUCCUUGCCGAAGAUAAAUUUCCUCCCGAUAUCUACCAGCGAUGCCUAGAGUCAUUGCGGAGAAUAGGCCUGAAAGACAGGAGAAAGGUCAAUGGUCAAGACCUCCUGAACACUGCUAAACUCGUUGCCAAAUGCACAGGAACUAGCAAAAAGAAACAGAAGAAAAAUCUAGAAUUGAAAAUCCAGGGAAUGAGUGAAGUCCUCCUUCAAAAUCAAAACCUUCUCCAUGUUGCGGACACAAAUGAGCAGCUAAGGCAAAUUGCAUGGGUACCAGUUAGGCUUGAUCGGCCAGGUGGGUAUCCAAAGUCCCUAGCUUGGGGAUGUGUAGAUCAGAAGUUUCAAACGCCAACUUCUAUGUGCCUGUCAUCUGAAAUUGAUGUAGUUGGUUCUGCCAUGCCAUGUGUUGACACGAAAUUUGUAAGUGAUGUCGUUUUUGAACGAGUUCUUGGUAAACGUCUCGCACCACUUCCAAGUGUAAUCGGACACUUGAAGAACAUCGUGAAUUACUACCGAGCAGAAGAAAAGGUGGUUCUGAUGGGUUUCGUUCAGAAAGUGUAUGAAGUUUUGCGACUCUACCCUGUACCUGAGGUUCAAAAGUGUCUGACUUCGAUGAAACUAGUUAACUGGGUUUGGCAUGGCAAUGGCUUCGCCUCAGUUGAUUGUAUCAUACUGGAGCAGUUAGAAAACUUCGCACCGUAUGCGUAUUCGUUACCGGAUGAGCUCUCAGGUAUACGUUCCUGGCUGGAUAAAAUGGGUGUGAAAAACGACUUUGAUUGCCUUCAGAUACUGCAAAGGAUUAAAAGAUAUCACGACGGAGCGUCCAGUGUCAAUCCAGAAAUGGUUACCCGAGACCUCAGGAUAGUUAAGCAUGUCCUGCAGAAGAUUGUCAGUCAGUGCACAGAGGGAUAUCUAGGGAGUCGGCUGAACGUUCUUCUACUUCCAGUUCAGAAUGAUGAUGAAAGACUUCAACUCUUGCCUGCAUGUGACUGCACCUAUGCAGAGGACGAAGCAUACGUUCUAGGAGCUAGCUGUAUAGAAGAUGAUGAUGAGAGUGAAAGUGAUCUCAACUAUAUACAUCACGCAAUACCAAAGGAACUGGCAAAUGCUCUGGGAGUUAAGACGUCUAUGAACCGACUCCUUGAAGAGGAUUCCGAAGGAAUAAGCAUUUUAGAGAGUCACGGCCAAGUGGAGUCUCUUACCCAUCGCCUAAAGCUGCUUAUCCAAGAUUAUCCAGACGGCUUGGCUAUUCCGAAAGAGCUCAUUCAGAAUGCAGAUGAUGCCGGAGCAACUGUAGUGAAAUUCCUGUACGAUGAGCGAGAGAACUUGGAUGCGAUGGAUGGCUUGCUGGAUGAAGGGAUGAAGGAGUGCCAAGGACCAGCUCUUUGGGUGUACAAUGAUGCGGAAUUCUCCGAGGACGAUCUAAAGAACAUUGCCAAACUAAGUGGAGCAACGAAAGAAAACAGAAGUGACAAAAUCGGGAAGUUCGGGCUUGGAUUCAAUGUCGUGUACAAUGUCACAGACGUGCCAAGUUUCAUCACCAAUCGGUCAAUAGUAUUCCUCGAUCCUCAUAGAUCACAUCUUGGAAAGGCAAAGAAAGAGAAGAGUGACACAGGGUUACAGCUAAACAUUUGCUCCAACAGCAGACAGGGUGCUCAUAUUCGGAGAAAAUAUUACAAUCAGUUCCGAACCUACGAUGGGGUAUUUGGAUGUCAGCUCCGAAGGGAUGGUGAGCAAAAGCCUUUCAAGGGUACACUGUUCCGUCUUCCACUCAGACCAUCAGGUGCAAAGAGUGAGAUAAACAGUAUGCCCUAUACGAAGGAUGACAUUAAAGAACUGUUCCAGUUAAUAAUCGACCAGGCCAGUAGCUUGCUGCUCUUCGUACAGAGUGUCAAAUCCGUUGAGCUCCAUCAUCUGCCUCGAUCAGCGUGUGACCCAUCGAAGUCUGUUCAACUCUUUCACUUGGAAACCAAACUGGAGCAGGUCUUGAGUCGACUGCCUCGGCUACCACCUGCAGUCAGCACUGAGAAUCCGAAUCUUCUAACAAUUGCCUCACGCAUAACACGCAUGGUAGAACGCGAAUAUCGUCAUCUCCCGAAGGAUAUCAGCCGGACUUCUGUAGUUGCCACCAGUCAGAAGUUCACCAAUUCUACCAGCACCAGAGACCUUAGCAUCAACGGGCAAACAAAAAAGAUCCUAUGGUUGGUGCAUGACUGUAUUGGGACUAAUGAGUCUAUGACAGACGCUCGUCAGAGUCCAUCUAGAUCGUAUGUUCCCACUGCAGGUGUGGCCAUUCAGCUUGAACUGCAGCAAAGGAACAAAUACCAACCUGUUCGAUUUGAUGAUGGCAUGGCACCAGUGUUCUGUCAUCUGCCACUACCGUCGUCUGUGAAGAGUGGAUUACCUGUUAUCGUCAAUGGCAGUUUCGCAAUAAAAUCUGACCGACGUCAGAUCGUGCAGAUCACCUCCGAUGAUAAGCUGAACAAUCCGAUGGAUGUCUGGAAUGAAAAUCUGAAGAGGGAUGCGAUCACCAAUGCUUACCUCGGCACUCUAGUCCAAAUGAAGGAGCUCCUGACCAGUCACCGUGACUUGUACAGUUUGUGGCCGGACAGGAAUCACAUUGCGAAGGGCUUCGAAACAUUCCUGCAGAGUUUCUAUCGCACACUUGCUACCUUGAAUGAAAACACAUCUCCAAAGAUAUUUACCAAUGGAGUUGUUUGGGUUGACUUCGGCCACACAGUCUUCAUGGAUGAAGCCCUUUCCAAUACUGACUUGUGCGAUGUUGCCCUCGAUAUCUUACAGAAGCACUUAGACAGAACUACCCCUGUACGUGAUAGAGUAAUAGCAACAGUUCUUCCACGGCAUUUGAGGGACGGCUUUCCAGCGAAUGUUGUUAAAUCCAAAACAUUUGAUCUGGCAAAGAUUUAUAAAGCUGCCAUAUUACCCUUUCUACCACAGCUGAAUAGCGAGAAAAGGGACAAGCUACUUCUGUUUGCUCUGAAGCGUGCUAAGGGGAAUGUACAACUUAGAAAACUGCUAGUGGAAAGUGCAUGUAUCCCAGUCGGGCAAGACGGCACAAGGUUUGUGAAACCAACCCAACUCAUCAGUCCAAAUGGUAGACGAGCGACACUGUACGAGAUAGGGGACAAUGUGUUCCCUAUUGCGAGUUUCUGUGCUGACAAAACCCUGGGGGUUCUGAAAGAGUUGGGAAUGAACGUGGAUGAGAUAUCAUGGGAUAUGGUAAUGGAGAGAGCACGUUCUAUCGGAAGUCUCAAUGAAUGCCAGCAAGAGGCCAGGUUGAAACAGUGGGUGCCGUACGCUGAACAGAAGCUCCAAAGCGGUGUGGAAAUGCUUGAUCGAAGCCAGUUGGUACAGUUGCGAGAGAUACGAUUCUUGCCUGUCCUACCCAAGCCAGAAAACUAUCCGAUCAUCUGGAAAGGUGAUAACUACCAGCGUCUUGUGUCAGCAGAGGAGGCUUAUCCAAGUCGUCACCAAAACCUCGUCAGCAGCACUUCGCCGAUUGUGGAUGAGAGAAUCUGCGGUUUGUCAGCUCUGCAUAGAUCUUGCAAGAUAAGAGAGCACCUGGGACUGCUGGGACGAAAUGUCUCCUUGGAGGCUGUGCUGCAACAGUUGAAGGUUUUGUCUGCUGUUCCGAUAUCUCGUGAGAACCGAAGUACAGUGAGAGAUAUGUGCCAUGAAAUGUACAGUCACCUGGAGUCGUGCUGUAAAAACUCUCCUGAUGUUGAUGCGUCAAUCAUCAAACAUAAACUGAGUGGGUCUAGGUGCCUCUUAGCUGACGAUGUGUUCAUGGAACCAUCACAUUGUGCUAUGCAAGGCAGCGAUAUUCCGCAUUACCUCCAUGUGAUUCAAUACCCCCUGAAUCGCCAACAACUACUCCUGAAACUUCUCAAUGUCAAAAAACAGUUUCACGGUGCUGAUUUCGUCCAGGCUCUCAAUCGCAUUGACUUCGAUGCCGGUGUGAAGGUUGUCAGAGAUAUAGCAGAGGGCCUGCACAGUUGGUUACAGCAUAAUAAAGGGACACUUGAAGACGCUUUAUAUCAGUGUCAGGAAGCUGUUCUCUUACCAACUGACGUGAACGCAGAGGGAGAUUGGGAUAUGCUGCCUGUUGAUGAGUUAUGCUUGAACGCUCGUGGUGACCUCGUCAACCAGUCAACACCGAGAACAUGGCUACGCAACACGGUUGGAAAUCAGAAAUUCCGGUACCUCCACCCAGACAUCCCUUUUCAAGUUGCACAAGCCCUCGGAGUUCGUUCAGACCGAGAAAAUGUGUUAAGCAGACUUGGAACUCCACUUGGGCAGCCAUUUGGACAGAAAGAGCCACUUACCACACGGAUUAAGAGCAUCCUGCAGAAUUACCCUUGCGACGAAGGUGUCUUGAAAGAACUUUUGCAGAACGCUGACGAUGCUGGCGCGACUGAACUCCGCUUUAUUUUGGACAAGAGACAGCACCGAGAAGAGAGGGUGUUUGAUGAGAACUGGAAGCUGUUACAAGGACCUGCUCUCUGUGUUUAUAACAACAUGCCAUUCACUGAGAAGGAUCUGGGUGGCAUCUGCAGUCUUGGACAAGGGUCAAAGUCGAGUGAUCCCACGAAGACUGGCCAGUACGGUAUUGGAUUCAACAGUGUCUACCACCUAACUGAUGUGCCGAGUUUUCUAACUGAUGGAGAAGAAAUUGGAAGGACGUUUGGAAUCCUCGAUCCCAACUGUAGAUAUGCUCCUGGUGCUUGCCAGGAGAACCCUGGUCGCUGUUUCCAGGAGGAUGACUUUGAAACCGUCCAUACCGAUUUCACAGAUGUGUUUUCUGGAUACCUUGAAAGUCAUUUGGAGUUGAAAGGUGCAACUCUUUUUCGUCUCCCUCUUCGCAGCCAAAAAAUGUCUGAAACUUCUAAAAUCAGCACUAAAGUUGUGACGAUUGACUUCGCUGAAAAACUACUUCGAUUGUUUGAAGCUGAGCUCUUUCAAAAUCUUCUGUUUGUCAAUUCCGUGCGCACAAUAUCAUUAGAAAGUCUUGGUCAAGUUCAUGAAAAGAAAUACUCUGUUCGUGUCCAGAUCUUAAAAAGUGAUGAGCAGAAAUUGCGCGAAUUCAAUAAGUACGUGAAGAAAGUGAGUGACGAACUGCACAAUGACAGACUAACCCUUGAGAACGUUGAAUACAGGGAGGUCACCUACAUUGUACGAAUGGAAGAUUCCAAGGGACAAGUGCAAAUCUGGUCGGUGUGCCAGUGUAUCGGCUUCAGAGAGAAGUGUGAGAUACCAAACGUAGUAGCGCAGGCAGUUGCUGCAAAAGACCUUGCUUUGUUGCCACGAGGGGGUGCAGCUCUAUUGCUUGACAGCAAUUUCCAAGUUAAAGGUCGCCAGGUGUUCUGCUUUCUACCAUUGCCUUCCCGUGAAGACACAAAGCUGCCAGUCCACAUUAAUGGACACUUCGCAUUAGAUUCAGCUCGACGAACACUGUGGGAUGACGGGCGGUCAUGUCCAGGAUACAAGAGUAUGUGGAACAGCUUCAUGAUGGAAAAGAUUGUCGCUCAGGCCUAUGUAUCUCUGUUGAUGAAUGAGUGCAACAGACUGAAAAGAAAACAGAAUGUUAGCCAAGAAGACCUUCAGAAAUUCUACAACAUGUUUCCAGAUAUCUCGAAGAUCAAAGCUAACUACUUGAAUGAACUUGUCAGCGCAUUCUAUACAACGACACACUUGGAUACAGAGUGUCUAGCAGUUCAGACAGAAAUGGAAAAUUCCGUUGCAACUCGAUGGUUUAACAUAAGUCAAUGUGUGGACGGAGAAGCGUUCUUUGAUAACCUUAGCCCCACACGCAUUAAAGUGACAAGAUACGAACCUAUUAUUAAACCGGCUUUCAGGAACUCCGUGCUAACUGGGAACCAACAAUCACAAAAGAAGCACACCACCACGGAAAUAGACCAUAUACAUUCCUUGACAAAUAUUCUUCGAAGACUCGGCUUCAAUCUACUCAGCGUCCCAAUGUUUAUCUUCUUUUCCCUUCGAAUGGUGAAGAUCAAUGUGCGCCAAGUCGAACCAAGGACAGUCCUUGAGUACAUGCAUACCUACAGGGACCACAGAGAUUGCACCCUGAAACAUCUCCCUCAGCCAGUGAUAGACUCGCCAUUUCAAGAUGGAAAGUCUGUAGUAGAACUGACGAAAUAUUGCUAUUCAACCCGACCAGAAGCUGACAAUACAAAAUCAUUGGUUGGGCUGCCGUUGUGUUUGACUGAUGAUGAAGUGAUACAAGAAUUCUCACAGAGCCAGCCACGGUUUCACCCAAGGUUUUCGUCACUUGUUCCACAUCAUGCAAAUCACUUUGUCGACUCGCAAGUCUUUGGGGCGGUUCCUUUAGAGGUUAGGGAAAAGAAGCCACUGGCAUUAGUCGAACUAACCAUAAAGAAACUUGCCCCACUCCUCCUUCCUGCAUACCAGGAUCUACAUACCAAUUACAGGAUUGAAUGGGAGCCCAAGAAUGAAAAUAAAGCGAGAAUGAAAAGAUGGAUUGAGAACAUGUGGAAGUUGAUAAGCUCAGAGAUCGACAAAGUCUUUGAAGAUCUAAAAGGAAACAGAGAGGCAGCAUUGAAAAGACUCGAGCCUUUGAAAGAAUUCUGCAUUGUCCCAGCACAUGACACGAAUAAAGACAAACACUUCCUCUACCAGCUCAAGUAUGCGAAGUGCAUCCGGUAUGGAAGUUCACUCUCCUGGGGAUACAUGGGCAUGAAUGAUACUAUUCAGAAACUCUUGAUGAAGGCUGGGAUUCCUUGUCUGGAUACACUAUCUCUAGAUUUUAUGCCUUCACUGAGGCUAUCUCUACCAAGAGAAAUAGCAUCCCAUGUCGAAAACCCUCGUGAUAUCCUUUAUGCUCUUUGGGACCUACUGCAACAUGGAGCAAGUGCCACACGUCUUACACAAGCAACCGGCAACCGAAGAGAUGCUUUACACCUGAGAGAAUACUUUGCCAGUUUGUUCAAGAAGAAGUGCACUUCAGAAGAGGCGACACGUUUGAGACAGCUUCCAAUCCAUCAGUUUGUGAAUGAUAAGAUAUCUUCACUUGGUAACUGUGGAUGCUACUUAGUCCCGCAAGGAAUACCUAAGGCAGGUCUCGACAACUGGUACUCGAAAAACACACCUGAGAAGUUCGUUUUUCUGACAGGUUCGGAUGUAGACCAACUGUACAGGACACUUGGUGCUGUUGAAAAGACUGCAGUCGAUCUGUACGUCGAGUUGAUACUGAUGAGGAUCAACUUCCAACAGUUUCUGAACGAAGAAGAACAGUUUGAACAUCUUGAUUACGUAGCAAGGGUAGUUAUACCCCAACUGAACCACUCUAGCAGAGAGUACGAAGCACUCAUUGCAUCGCUCCAGAACCUACCAUUCCUCAAGAAUCCCCAUGGCAACUUAGAGUUGGCGAAAGAGUUCUUCGACCCCAAUGUACAACUCUUCAAAGCAAUGGAAACAAACUUUCCGCCGAAGCAAUUUCACACUGAGAGAUGGCUUGAGUUCUUGGAGCUGUGUGGACUGAAGAGAACAGUGACUGGGGAUUUUCUGCUUAGGUAUGCUGAGAAAAUAGAAGAAGAAGGCAAGCUGAACCCGUCAAAGAAAACUGAAUAUAAAGCCAAACUUGUUUGCAAGGAAUUAGAACAUCAGGAUGAACGCACACUUUUCCAGCUGAAGCAUAUAGAGUUUGUGCCACUUGGGACAGUCCCAACUGAGCUCUCAAACCUGCAUCCCCAAUUCCUACGAGAAGAUGACGAAGAGCUGGGGGUAAUUUCCUACCAGUUCAUUCCCUUCCAAGAUAGUGUGAUGUAUGAGGACCUCGAACAGUGUUGGACAGUUGCUAAAGUUCUGCCGGCUUGGCUUCUGCCAUUUAUGGAAAGUGGGAUUCUGCAGAAACGCCUUGGUGUACAGAAUCCAGUCAAGCUGACUGCACUUGUGCAGCACUGCGUCAGGCUUACGAGGAAGCUAUCAAGAUUGAAUCUGCGUCACAAGAAACCAAACCUGAUAACCGAUGCGAUGAACAAGAUAUACGGGCACCUUGGAGCUAGAGCCGAGACAGAGGGUGCAAAAAGUCUCGAAGAACUGAGAAAGGAACCGUGUGUUUGGAUAAGUGACUGCAACAGCUUCGUCUUUCCUCAACAGGUUGCAGUGGCACUGCCAGAAAAAGAGCAGAUUUUGCCGUAUCUACACAAGCUCCCGAGAACGUUGUUGAGACAUGUCGACCUAAUGACGUCUAUCGGAGUGAAGUCAGACCCAGACCACACACACUACAUGAUGGUACUGAAGAUGAUAAAAGAUGAGGUUGGUAAUUCAGACCUAGCAUCAGACGUGAACAAGAUGGUCGCUGCUUCUGAAGCCAUCAUUCGAUGCUUGCCCUUGUUGUACAAGGCAGAGAACAUCCAGUGUGAAUUUCCACUCUAUAUGCUUAGUCGACAGAACAACUUGGAGGUUUCCUCUGAACUGUACCAUGUGGAUCAGUCGAGCUGGGAAAACAGAAUAGCAAACAUCGUGUUUCCUUCUCCCCUUCUCUGUCUACCAGACCAACCUAUCAUUCAGAUGCACUUCCUCAAGUAUAUCAAGAUUAUCCCGGAGGCCCUUCGACCAAAGAAACUAUCCGGGCUACUGGAAGAGGUCCUUGAUGAAGAGUCACUUGCUUGUUCAUCGCCAAUGGAAAAUUCCACAACUGAUUGGUUCAAGGAUCACAUUGAAAACCACGACUUCUGCUUGGGCUUACAGAGGCUCCUCCGCCAUGAUGCUUUAGAACAAGACUAUGUAGAAGACUUUGAGAAGAACUGGGCGGAACUAAUGAAGCGCUUGAUGAAGAUUGAGUUUUACACUGUAGAUAAGCUGGUAACUUUUUUGAAGUACAAGGAUGGAGAAGUCAUUCCUGGUUCAAAUAGUGGACGGCAAAAAGUCUACAUCAAAACAUCAGCAAUUGGAUGUGCGGUGUAUGUUGUGAAUGAUGAUAGGCGAGGAAAAGUAGCGAUAUCAAGGGACAUUGGAAAAUAUUCCAAGCUCCUGAGGAUGAUAAUCAAGGAAUCCUUCCCAAAGCUCCUUCCGCAGAUAUCGGAACUGCUUGAAGCUUUACUUAGGACUCCGAUGAAUGACAUCUCAAGCACACUGGAUGAGUAUAACAUCACACAAUGCACAUCAUUGACAAGCAAGAUGUAUCCAACGCUGGGUAGUUUCAUCCCCCUGAGCUAUCACGGCUUACUGACGCCAGAUUUCCUGCAGUUUUUCACCGGAGAAUACAUAGGUUUUGAGCUUGAAGACCCUCUCAACGAGGGACGGGCUGGACAGGCCACAUACAUCUAUGCCAAGGUCGUGAAGGCUCUCCCAUUUGAUGACACUGAGAUGGAAAUCAACCGCCAAUACAAAAUAGACAUUGGCGAUCGUAAGGUCAAUGUGUUUUCCUCCUCCAUGUACAAACUCUCCCGUCACACACUUUUGACCUCUGCGGGUAACUUGGAAUCUCAAACCUUUGACCUUGAGAAGGUCAAGCAUCAGGUUGCAGCUGAUCUCGAUUUUGCUUUCUACAAAUUGAACGUUGAGCAACGUAACCGGGUUCUGAAGCGCAUGGUUAUGAAAUGGCAGCCUAAUAACCACCCUGAACACAGAGAUAUCGCAGAGACAAUCCUACGCUUUAUCGAUGAGAAAAUUAAAAAAAUCGAGAAUGAUGCAAAUUUGCCAGAAGCAAGAGGGGGAUCGGGUGGUACCAAAUGGUAUGGUGUUGACAGCAUUUCUCGAUAUGCUUCCCAACGCGCCAAAGAGCAGAGAGAGCACGUCCAGCAGCAGAGGAAGAGAUUGGCAGCCAACGAUCGAGCGAGAAGAGCCAUUGAUGAUGCUGACGACUACAGCUUCUUGAGUGAGACCGGCCGCAACCCACAGCCUGGCGAAGCCAAGAGGUUGUAUCGGCAGGCAGCGAAAGACCUACAGGCAUCCUUGAAUGACAUCCCGAAUGGCGACUUUGAAUGGGCCCUCUACAAAUGUCAUCAGGCAGCAGAGAAGUCGCUAAAAGCUGUCUACUACAUGCAGGAUUCUGAACAGUUUAAGCACCACGACCUUCGAAUGCAUGCCGAGAUCCUUGACGACCGUGACCUUCUCCAACUUGCUGACGCCAUAGCCGGUGAACUCGGUGAUGGAAUGAUGCUUCGGUACCCAGAUCGACUCUCCUACCCGAAGAUUCCACAUGACCUGUAUGAGAAAGACACGUGUAUGAGAAUCCAUGCAAUAACUAAAAGUCUGUUGCAGAGGGCUGAGAGUUAUCUUGUAUAGAUACAUGUGUACAUGCAUUUGCACAUACCGUGACUGGACUUCGUGGUUGGAGACCAGGCCGGUGUGCAAGGAAUAGCAGUCCUAGGGCUGAUAGUCCGUGUAACAAUAGCCCGCAUUGCUAAAUGUUUUGGUUAGGGUUAGCGGUACAAUAGAUCAUGCUGCUUAAUUGAUCAAAUACAGUGCUACCGGACUAUGACUCCAGGGGACUAUAUCCGCUGUCACACCGGGAAUCGUCAAUAUGAUCGAAGCUUUUCAAUUAAAGGGGCAACUUGGGUAUGAGAUAGGCCUACGUUGGUUUUUGAUGCAAAGAGUGACCCGUCACAGCAAAACCAGGCGCACGUUGCUCUGAGCUUAACAGGGAUGAGACGGACUGCCUGUUCAUUUCUCUAUUGUCUGCCCUUUGUGAAAUAUGAGCACAUCAAUUUCUUCCAUUAUCUCUUGGUGUCAUUUAGGCUCAUCUUCGGUGCGACAUGCGCCUGGUUUUGCUGUAAUGGGUCAGAUGGCUUCAAGCAGGGCCGUGAUAUCUCUAACCAACUGAAAACUUCUAAUCACUGCAGUAGUUUGUCCGCCUACAAAAAAUUCGAGUCCAAAAUUGCAUCCAGCACUACGGUAGUGUAAAUAAUUAUAAAAAAUUGUAUUGUUUGGAUGCUUCAUAUGGUGGCACAUGGUGGCACAUUACCUAAAUCACACAUCCCUUUAUAUUUGGUUGUGUUGAUGGAACUGGUCUUCAUUACAUAAUAAUCGAACACACUUUGUGCCAUAGAUAUUUGUAGUAUUGUGUAGAUGGUGUUUGGGAUACAUGCAAAAUUGCAUACAUGUUGAUAAAACGUGUAGUGUUACACACACUAGGUAUUAGUAUUAGCGUAGUGCUUUAUACACUACAACUAUGUAUUGUUGAUAAAAUUUGUGUGAAUCAUUUAGAGUAAAGUGUGCACAUCCAUGAGUAUGCAUAUUGUUGAUAAAACGUGUUGUGUUUUCAUUCACUAUAGGUAAUAGUAUUAACGUGUAUUGCUUUAUACACUACAUGUUUUUGUAUUGUUGAUAAAACUGACUUGUAUGAAACAUUUAGAGAAAAACAUACACAAUACAUAAAUAUAUAACCUGUAGUUCUUCAUAAAAAAUACACUGUAGUGUUCCGAUUUUAGUGGAAUCAUUUGGAGCGGAACAUCCUGGAAUUCAUAAUGUAUGCGUCACUUUCCUCAAGCAGCAAUUUGGGAUUUCCUGACAGGUAUUGACCAAUCAGAAGAGAGUUAUCAUGCAUGACAGCGCGGCCAUGAUCACGUAGCGGGUUUUGAUUGGUCAAAACCUGUCACCCGACAGGAAGUCCUACAUGAAUCCUGCUUGUGGAAUUUGGCCGUGAAUGUACUUUGUAAAAAGAUAAAUUUUUGGUCUUGGUAAAUGAAUACUGCUCAUAUCUUAAAUCUUUGCUUCUUUGAACAUUGGCUGAAAUUGGCGUGUUUUUUAGAGUAUUAUGAAUACGCACUUUAUGUAUGUUAUAGUUUUUAACAUGUAAAUUUGUAGUCUUCGCUAUAAUUGAUAAGACUAAUCAGCACAUGAAUCACCCUGAGAUCAGGCCUUUUUACUCCUUUGUCGGGAAAUCGUAUCGAGAGGCAGAGUAUAUUGAAAACAACUAGUGCGAGGAUGCACAUGAAUAUGGAAGGCGUAUGCCGUUCGUAAUUACUCGUGGGCCAGAAAAAUGGAAAUGCAAUUAUAUACAAUUAAUGCCGCUUUGUGUAGUUAGAUGUAUUUAUGACGUAUUUUACACAAUUGAAUUGAAUUGAAUUGGAAGUUAUAUAUUCAAUUACAAAUUUCCAGUAACGCAUCGCAGCACUAUUAGUUAUAACUAAUAAAA